UCUGCGACAAGCGAGCUUCAAGACCUUCUUGUUGGCUCCCAGUUGUCACACUACUCUAUAUGCUCGGUCGACGUUAAGAUUGCCUCUGCAUUGUCUAUCUGCACUACGCCUCCACUUUCUUCUCUGCAGAAGUCUAAAGGGACUUGGACCUGUAGGACCCACUGAACAAAACCACUUGACAGCAAGCUGUUCCGUGACGACGAGUCUCUUUUCCGCCUCCACUGCAAAAACGAGCCUUUCACCGCGAACACAUUUUUGUCGCCAACUCGUCAACAACCAUCCAUCGGUUUAUUGCAGCACCAAGCUUCCUACUCACGCGAAAAAGGACAUCAAUCGUCGUUUCCAGGCUAGCCGCGCAAUUCAUCAUUCACAAUGGCUUCAAAGUUCUUACGCGAGUACAAGCUGGUGGUCGUUGGAGGAGGUGGUGUCGGUAAAUCUUGCUUGACGAUCCAGCUUAUUCAGAGCCAUUUCGUCGACGAGUACGACCCGACAAUUGAAGACUCCUACCGCAAGCAGUGCGUCAUUGACGAUGAGGUCGCUCUGCUCGAUGUCCUCGACACAGCCGGGCAAGAAGAGUACUCGGCCAUGCGAGAGCAAUACAUGCGCACGGGCGAAGGAUUUUUACUAGUCUACUCCAUCACGUCGCGCCAGAGCUUUGAGGAAAUUACCACAUUUCAACAACAAAUCCUGAGAGUCAAGGACAAGGACUACUUCCCAAUGGUCGUCGUGGGCAACAAGUGCGAUCUGGAGAGCGAGCGCGAGGUAACAAGACAAGAGGGCGAGACGCUGGCAAAAAACUUCGGCUGCAAGUUUAUCGAGACAUCUGCGAAGUCGCGCAUCAACGUUGACAAGGCUUUCUACGAUAUUGUCCGAGAGAUCCGACGUUACAACCGGGAGAUGCAAGGCUAUUCGCCUCACAGUGGUGGAAACGGCGGCAUGAACGGUCCGACAAGCAAGAUGGAGAUUGAUGGAGGCGAGUCAGAGGCUGGCUGCUGCUCAAAGUGCAUCCUCAUGUGAUUCCUUGUCGUCGCAGGGAAUUGAUGGAGCAGUUGGCCAAGGGCGGGGUUUGCAGUGGACACCUCUCUUGUCGAGGCAUGAUAGGCCCGCCGUAGAUGCCAAACACUUAGCGCAAGGAAGACGCCACGACUGUUGCAUUGGGUUUGAUUUCGGAUAUCCACAAGGGGCGAAGAAGAGCAUCAUGGCAGCAGCAGCAACAGCAUCAGCCGCCCUGGUGAGGUCGUCAUGGAGGGCGAAAUCCAGAUGGAUUGAGGGGUAAAUUGUUGCAUGGAAUCAGGAGUUGGUU